AUGACUACAGACCAAAGGGAAUUCUCAAGAUGGGAUAUGAAAAAGCGCAAGGACUUGUUAAAGAAGAAGGGCAUCUGUUUUAAGUGCUGUGCAUCAAAUAACCAUCUGAUGAAAAACUGCAAACACCCCAUACAGUGCGAGAAAUGUGACAGUGAACUACACCCAACAGCACUGCACGUUACGGAGUCCAAUACUAGAAGAAAAACCUUCAACAGUUCAGAAACGGCAAACAAUUAUGGCGGGGAGGGAACAGAGAGCAAUCACACCCUAGCGCGCUCUGAACUUUUGAACCAACUUGGGGUCACAUCUGACCCUAUCCCUUAUAGACUUAAAUCCUGUGCUGGAGUGACUGAGGCAUCUGGGAGAAGAGCAGUUGGAUUCUGUAUUCAGUCUAUUGACGGACUUGCUUAUCACAAGCUGCCGCCCAUUAUAGAGUGUAAUGACAUUCCAGAUAAUGUGAUGGAAAUUCCUACCCCAGAGGUUGCCCGUGCUCAUCCUCACUUACGACACAUCGCCAAUGAACUCCCCCCACUCCGCAAAGAUGUCAGCAUACAGCUCUUGAUUGGUAGGGACUUGGUGGACGUACAUCAGGUGCAAGGUCAAGUGACAGGACCCUCAGCAUCUCCCUUCGCACAAAAACUGAGCCUUGGAUGGGUGAUAAUUGGUGAUGUUUGUUUGAAUGGUCGUCACAAGCCGAGCGAUCUCAGUGUUCUAAAGACUAACAUUCAGCAUGAUGGUAGAGGGACAAUAUUUACUCCAUGCCAAAACAGUCUUCAUGUUAAGGUUCAAGGCCCUCUAAACAACGGAUCUUCUCAGACCCUAGAUUUUAAGGGGGAUAGUGUGUUUUACACAGAUAGACAUGACAACAAGAUUGGAAAUUCAGUAGAGGAUCGAGAGUUUCUAUCAAUGAUGGAUCAAACGUUUCAUAUGGACUCCAGGGGAAAUUGGACGUCUCCCCUCCCCUUUAAGAACACGCGUCCAACCUUGACGAACAACAGGGCUCAAGUUUUCAGACGGGCCAUCAACCUAGACAACAGUUUGAAGAGAAAUCCUGAAAAACUAAAGCAGAUGUGUGAAUUCAUGGAAAACAUAUUCAACACAGGAGCAGCUGAGAGGGCACCAGAGAUACCAAAUGGACACGAGUGCUGGUACAUCCCAAUAUUUGCUGUGACACACCCAAAGAAACCAGGCAAGGUUCGUGCUGUGUUUGAUUCCUCGAUAGUACAUCAGGGAUGUUCCCUUAACGAUGCUCUUUUGUCUGGACCCAACUUAACCAAUAACUUGCUCGGAAUCUUGUUGCGAUUUCGCAAGGAUUCAUGUGCCAUAGCUGGUGACAUCCAGCAGAUGUUUUACCGUUUCUUUGUGAAUGAGAGGGACAGACACUACUUACGAUUUUACUGGUACGAAGACAAUGAUCCACAUCGUAAGAUGAUCGAGUAUCGUAUGACUGUCCACGUUUUUGGGAACAGACCUUCCCCUGCCGUGGCGACAUACGGGCUGAGGCGUGCAGUACAAGAUGCGGAUACUGAGGUCGUUAGCUUUGUAAACCAGGACUUUUAUGUUGAUGAUGCAUUGACGUCUAGACCAACUCCUGUUGAAGUAAUUGACCUGAUGAGGCGAACUCAGAAGGCAUUAGACAAAGAAGGUAAAAUACGACUGCACAAGAUCGUAUCAAAUGUACAAGAGGUAUUGGAUGCGUUCCCUCCAGAUGACCUAGGAAAGGACAUAAAGGAUUUCUCAAUUGGUGACGAUGACAAUUUGGUUCAGCACAGCCUAGGAUUGGCCUGGAAUUUGAGUUCUGACUGUUUCAUCUUCCAGAAGCCAGAUGCUGAUGUCCCCUUUACUCGACGAGGAAUCCUCUCCAAGGUCAAUCGUAUCUUUGACCCCAUAGGCUUCCUGUCUCCACUGACAAUCCGUGGAAAGAUGAUUCUACGAUCCUUUACCUGA